CGAUAAUCUCUCGCCAGGUUUUGUAGGCCAACAUAAAAGGCUCGCUUUUGAGCAUCGCGUCGAUGUCGAAUUGACGUUCCAUCUGAAAGUUGCGGGAUGGUAUUUGUUCCUUCCUGGGUCUGUGGGCAUCAUGCGGCACACGGAUUUUCCUUUGAAAUAGAGUUUAAGCCAGGGAUGGUGCGUUCUGUGUCUGCGGAUUUGGAGUUGUGGGAUACGUCAGAAGCAAUGUGUUACAAAUCUCCGCCAAGGUACCUUCUUUCAUCUUUUUGCAAGGCUGUUUUGAGUUUAUCCACAAAGCCUUGUGCUUACCCGUUUGGUUAUAGGUGGACAAUCGCGUGUCUGCGACAAAAUUCAACGAACUUAGAGGUGAACUGCGCACCAUUAUCCGAAACCAAGGUAGAACACCGAAACGUGACAAUAUCUGUCCAAGAGCAGAGGCAGUGGCUCCUGCGUUAGUUUUCACCAUUGGAAUCACCUCACGCCAUUUACUGUGGGAGUCGACAACGAUGAGAAAAUGAUGACCGUCAACUGGACCCGCAAAAUCGAUGUGUACCCUGGACAAUGUUUCCAUUGGUAUUGACCAGGAUUACAAUUCCGUUUUCCCUGUAUGUUUAGAGACACUGGAACCUCGGGGACAAUUCUUAGUUAAAUACUUGAUCUGGGAAU